AUGUCUGGAGGCAAGCUGACGGUCUUUGGAUUUGGUAUCCCUGCCUUGUGGUCUUACUCAAACGCUUACGCUUUCGUUAUCGACUCAGGCUAUGGAUGCGACGAGGCCAAGGAGAAGCUUGAAAAAUAUAUUGAUGCAGAGAUGGUGGAUGUAACGGGCGUCUGUAUUGAUGGCAAGAUGUACUACCUAGGCCGCGUAGACGGCAAAUCUACAGAAUGUAAAUGUGAAAUUACCGGCGAUCACGGGCCCUGCCAGACAACCUGCUGGGAUAAGAAGUUCACCGCGCCCCUGGGUGUUGAAGAGCUUAAUGGCGAACAGUGUGGUGGCAUUAAACUAGAGGACCUUGUGAAGGGCUCCGUCAACACGUAUAACCAGAACGGCGGCAGAAACGGUGGGGCAGCCUUAAAUGUUGACGGUGAUGGUGCGUUUGACGCCCUUCUUAACGUUAAUGUAACCACCCUGGGAAUGGUCCGCCUCUCUGUCUGCUCCCCUGAGCGCGCCUUUCAAGCCUGGGGCGCACAGGACAUGGGCAAUAAACUCUACCCGUGUAAUGACGUGCCAGGCAAGAACGACUGCGGCGACUUAGACUUCGAGGACCAGACCAGUGACGCGUCGCCCAGCGUCGACGACUGCUGCCAGAUUAUCAAGAACAUCCAGGGCGACUCAAUGACUGAGUGGACCACGUAG